CGAGGGACUUGUCGGGAUCUCGGCUCCGUAACAAUUCUGCAUUUUCGUUGGCGGAUGUGACAGGGGUCUUGUAUUACUGCCAUUCAGCGCCUUGAAAUUACUAUACAUCGUACGUCACGUACGUUGGAGAGCACCUUUGAAACAUUUCGAACAAACUUGUCACUUGGAUGACAGCCGGCGUUUGAAAAUAAGUUUUUGAACUGAUUAAAGCAAUAUUUGAUAACAUAUUCCAACAGCACGAGAAAGUUUUUACAAUCAAGUGCUGUUUAUUGUGGGUAGUUUAACUGAAAAGUACAGUACAUAGUGCGAUGGCCUCUCCUUUAAAAAUUGAUGGAAGUCUGGGCGAAGGGGGUGGGCAAGUGCUGCGGAUAGCGUUGAGCCUGAGCGCACUCUACAGAAUACCUAUAGAGAUUAUCAACAUCCGAGCUGGUCGAUCGAAGCCUGGCUUAGCAGCACAACAUCUGAAAGGCGUUGAGCUGGUUAAACAAAUGUGCAAUGCGAGAGUUAAUGGGACCUAUAUUGGAUCAACGCGUUUGGAAUUCUGGCCUGAUUCCCUACGAAACUACAAUAAAGAAAUUCGCGCAGACAUUCAGACAGCAGGCUGCAUUUGCCUUUUGGCUCAGGUGGCAAUACCCUGUGCUCUGUUCCUACGCUGUUCAAACCCUAUCAACUUGAUCCUCAAAGGAGGGACUAAUGUUCCAAUGGGUCCAUCCAUAGAGUAUCUCACUGAAGUCUUCAAGCCCUUGCUCAAUAAAUUUGGAGCAACUUUUGAGUUUACAGUAGUCAAAAGGGGGUACUUUCCAAAAGGUGGUGGAGAGGUCCACCUCAGCAUAUCCCCAGUAAAAAAAUUGAAUGCUGUGACAUUAUUGGAGCCAGGUCAUCCAGUCAGUAUUUCAGGGUGGGCUUAUGUUGCAGGAACUGUCAACAUUGCUGAAGCAAAUCAGAUGGCUGUUGAAGCAAAGAAAACCAUAAGUAAAAAAUUAGAUGAAAAUAAAAUAUCUGUGCCACCUAUCAAUAUUGAAACUUACAGAGAAGACAGAAGUAUGGCAGUAGGGAAUGGAUCUGGCAUCAAUAUAGUUUGCCGAACAAGUACUGACUGUACAUUCGGAGGUUGUGGUUUAGGUUCUUCAUCUCAAACCUCCGCAGGGGUAAUUGCUGCCCAAGAAAUUCUCGUUCCCCUUACAGAACGAGGAUGCGUCGACGAACAUUUACAAGAUCAGAUGAUUAUUCUAAUGGCUUUGGCUUCUGGACGAUCCAAAAUAAGGACAGGAACUAGAGAGUUGACUUGUCACACUAAAACGGCGAUCCAAGUUGCUGAGCUGAUGCUUCGCGACAAGGGUCUUAGCUUUCACUGUUCCAAGGAGCAAAAUGAAGAUGGAGGCCCAGAAACAUUCGUCGUGGAGUGUGAAGGGCUUGCACUGACCAAUGACAGUAAGUCAGAUGUCUCCUGAUGAUUAAAUUAAGAAAGUACAAUUAAAUUCAAAUAUUCAAUAGGAUCAGCAUUUAGUGCCUAGUCAUUUGAUAUCUUCAAUGUCAGACCGUGUCAGGUAAGUGAAUUGUCACAAUUCUUGAAUGUUGAUGAAUUGUUGUAAAAUUAAUUGUCCUCAAUUUAUAUUAUGUUAUUGUAAGAAACGAAGAGGACUUGCGCGUGUGUAGAAUAAUCUUAUAUUGGGAUAACACUUACAAAAACUUUAUUUUGUUAUGUACAAAACAGGAAUAGAUACAGCCAUGACUUAUGUCAUUAUUUGGUUCGAUUGAAGUUGAUUCAUUCUUGUUUUUGUCGAAAGAAAGGUUCAACCGCCCUUGUGAAUUCUGUUUCAAAAUUUUCACUUGAAAAUCGGUUGACGGAGGCUCUGAAACCGAAAUGUUGUACAUUCUUACUUAUUUGUAGAAAAGUUGGUAUUCAUAAUAGAUAUACACAAAUGCCCUCGCAAAUUUUAACGGACCAGAAGCAUUUAUAAUAAUACUAAUUAUUGAUGUUAAUUUGAACUUGAAUGAAGUCCUACCGAAAUCAUGGAUUUUGACAACGCGAAGUAUAAUAAAACUCAUUGCCAGCUUCCGUAAA